UCAGUUCUAGCAUCAAGUGGUUCUAGCCCUCUUCCGAUCGCAAUUGCGGGAUCGAACCGUUAUCCUCUAACGAUAAGUCAUAGUGUAUUUAGAGGUGUCAACCUUUUUAUGUUUUUUUAGUGCCUUCAACUUAUGCUCAGUAAGCUCCAUUUCAAAAAGCAGCUCUCUUUCCCUCCAUUCCCUUUCUCAUUCUUCACAGAAUGCUUCUGUUUCUCUUCUCACCAACCACAUCCAUGGAACUCCAUAAGCAGACUCAGAGCUUCUAUGCCAAUUCCUGAUCAAACCCAUUUCAAAGACCCUAACAUAGUUCACUUGUUCUGUUCCAAAGCCCUCAAAAUCUCAGCCAAAAAGGGCUAUCUUCCUGAAGGAAAACAGUUACAUGCCCAUUUGAUAAAGUUUGGCUUUUGUCAAGUGCUUUCAUUACAAAAUCAGAUUUUGAGUGUUUAUCUUAAAUGUAAAGAAACUGAGUAUGCAGAGAAACUGUUUGAGGAAUUGCCUGUGAGAAAUGUUGUGUCGUGGAAUAUUAUGAUUCGCGGUAUUGUUGGAUCAUGUGCCUAUGAAAAGGAAUCGUAUCGUAUUGAAGUUUGUUUUUCUUAUUUUAGAAGGAUGUUGUUGGAAAUGGUAGUUCCUGAUUAUAUAACUUUUAAUGGUUUGAUUUGUUUAUGUGUUGAGUUUCAUGAUAUUGAGAUGGGAAUUCAGUUGCAUUGUUUUACUGUGAAAGUUAGAUUUGAUUUGGAUUGUUUUGUUGGUUGUGCUCUUGUUGAUUUAUAUGCAAAAUGUGGUUUUGUUGAGAUUGCAAGAAGGGUUUUUUGUGUUGCUCCAUUUAGAGAUUUGGUUAUGUGGAAUGUGAUGAUUUCAUGCUAUGCCUUCAAUUGUUUACCAGAAGAGGCUUUUAGAAUUUUCAAUUUGAUGCGGUUGGAUGUUGCGAGUGCGGAUGAGUUCACUUUUAGUAGUUUGCUUAGUGUAAUAAGUGAUGAUGCUUUAGAAUAUUAUGAAUUUGGAAAGCAAAUUCACAGUCUUGUUCUGAGACAGUCAUUUGACUCAGAUGUUUUAGUGGCUAGUGCUUUGAUCAACAUGUAUGCUAAAAACAAAAAUAUAAUCGACGCACGGAGAGUAUUCGAUGAGAUGUUGGUUCGAAAUGUUGUGGCUUGGAACACCAUAAUUGUCGGGUGUGGAAAUCACGGUGAUGGCAAUGAGGUUAUGAAGCUUCUCAGAGAGAUGCUUCAUGAAGGGUUUCUUCCCGAUGAACUGACUAUUUCCAGUAUAAUUAGUUCAUGUGGCUAUGCUUCUGCCAUUACCGAAACACUGCAAGCGCAUGCCUUUGCGGUUAAAUUAUCAUGUCAAGGUUUUUUAUCCGUUGCAAAUUCUUUGAUCAGUGCUUACUCCAAGUGUGGUAGCAUUACUAGUGCAUUCAAAUGCUUUGAAUUAACUUCAAAGCCUGAUCUUGUUACAUGGACUUCAUUGAUAUAUGCAUAUGCAUUCCAUGGUCUUGCAAAAGAAGCAACUGAGAUGUUUGAGAAGAUGCUAUCUUGUGGCAUGAAACCAGAUCGAAUAGCUUUUCUUGGUGUUCUCUCAGCUUGUUCUCAUCGCGGGCUAGUGACAAAGGGACUUCACUACUUCAAAUUAAUGACCGAUGUGUAUCAUAUUGUUCCUGAUUCAGAACAUUACACUUGUCUUGUUGACCUGCUAGGAAGAUAUGGUCUUAUAAAUGAAGCUUUUGAAAUCUUGAAAUCAAUGCCAAUCGAAGCUGAAUCAGAUACCUUAGGAGCAUUUAUUGGAUCUUGUAAACUACAUUCAAAUAUCGGAUUGGCUAAAUUAGCUGCAGAAAAACUCUUCAUCAUCGAGCCAGAAAAGAGCGUAAACUAUGCAGCAAUGUCUAACAUUUAUGCUUCACAGAAACAUUGGUGUGAUGUGGAAAGAGUUCGAAAAACGAUGGAAGAAAAACAUGAUACAAAAGUCCCAGGUUAUAGUUGGAUAGAGAUUGGUAAUCAAGUUCAUUCAUUUGUAUCCAAUGAUAAAUCACACCCUAAUGCUUUAGAAAUGUAUGUUACAUUAAACAUGCUGCUAAGGUCAAUGAAGGAACAAAAUGGUAUAUAAAUUUGUAAAUGUUAACAUCACAUUAACAUCAUGAUCUAUAUCUUGUGUACUAAGUACUAACAUGAAUUAUUAUUCAAUGCUUUGCUUCAAAGAUGCAUAC